UCCAAACAAGCUGGUAUUCUUUCUCCUAUUUAUACAUGCAGCAUCUCUAUAGUUUUUCUUCUCAUUCACCUUUUUUUCCUCUCAUUGCUUCAUCAAACUGAUCAAUAUGGGAGCAAAAGCAUUUCUUGUUGCCCUGUUUCUCUCAGCACUGUUCUUUCCUUUGGCCUCCUCAUCCAAUGAUGGCUUGAUGAGAAUUGGCUUGAAAAAAAUGAAAUUUGAUCAAAAUAACCGGCUUGCUGCACGCAUUGAGUCAAAGGAAGGGGAUUUUUUGAGGGGGUCUAUUAGGAAGUAUAACUUCCGUGGUAAACUUGGGGACUCUGAGGAUACAGACAUUGUAGCACUGAAGAACUAUAUGGAUGCUCAAUACUUUGGGGAGAUUGGUGUAGGCACUCCACCUCAGAAGUUCACUGUAAUCUUUGACACAGGUAGCUCGAAUUUGUGGGUGCCGUCGUCGAAGUGCUAUUUCUCUGUUCCCUGUUUCUUUCAUUCCAAGUACAAAUCAAGCGACUCAAGUACUUAUAAGAAGAAUGGGAAGUCUGCUGCAAUUCAGUAUGGUAGUGGAGCUAUUUCUGGAUUCUUCAGUCAAGAUAACGUCAAAGUUGGUGACCUUGUUGUAACAGAUCAGGAAUUUAUUGAGGCAACCAGAGAACCCAGCGUGACAUUUUUGGUAGCCAAGUUUGACGGUAUAUUGGGUCUUGGAUUCCAGGAGAUUUCAGUUGGAAAUGCUGUUCCAGUUUGGUACAACAUGGUCAAACAGGGUCUUAUUAAGGAUCCUGUCUUCUCAUUUUGGCUCAACCGAAAUACGGAGGAAGAACAAGGAGGAGAAAUCGUAUUUGGUGGGGUUGAUCCUAAUCACUAUAAGGGAGAAAUAACUUAUGUCCCAGUCACACAGAAAGGUUAUUGGCAGUUUGAUAUGGGUGAUGUUCUUAUCGAUGGUAAAGCUACUGGUUACUGUGAAAGUGGGUGCUCUGCAAUAGCGGAUUCAGGGACUUCUCUCUUGGCUGGUCCAACGACCAUAAUCACUAUGAUUAAUCAAGCCAUUGGAGCUUCUGGAGUUGCUAGCCAACAAUGCAAAUCUGUAGUGGAGCAGUACGGGCAGACGAUCAUGGAUUUGCUGUUAGCAGAGGCACAUCCAAAGAAGAUUUGUUCACAGGUUGGAGUAUGCACUUUUGAUGGAAACCGCGGAGUUAGUAUGGGAAUUGAGAGUGUUGUAAACGAGAAAGCUGGCAGAUCCACAGGACUGCAGGAUGGUAUGUGCUCUGCUUGUGAAAUGGCAGUCAUAUGGAUGGAGAAUCAACUGAGACAAAACCAGACUCAAGAUCGCAUAUUAAACUAUGUGAAUGAGCUUUGCGAGCGUCUCCCAAGCCCAUUGGGGGAAUCAGCUGUUGACUGUGGAAAGCUUUCUUCAAUGCCUAAAGUCUCUUUCACAAUUGGUGGCAAAGUGUUUGAUCUCUCCCCGAAUGAGUACAUACUCAAGGUGGGCGAGGGUGCUAAGGCACAGUGUAUUAGUGGUUUCACUGGCUUGGACAUUCCUCCUCCCCGCGGACCUCUCUGGAUCUUGGGUGAUAUUUUCAUGGGUCGAUAUCACACCGUCUUCGAUUAUGGCAAACUCAGAGUUGGAUUUGCUGAAGCAGCUUAAUAAAACCAAUGACCCUACAUUCACUCCGUUCUACAGCUGCUCCCAGCUAUAGCAAAUGGGAUUGAGAUGUAUGAACACUCUAAGGUGUUGGAAAAACUAUACUUGUAAAUAUUUUUUUUGUAUCUUCGACUAUAAGAUGUAGCACUGCUACUAUGUCCUUUGUGCUUUUAGCUGUUUGUGUUAUUUUACUCGAAAUUUCUAAUCAUGUGAAUGUCUUAAGCUCGUGUCAUAUGAUUCAUGAUUCUAUUGUCAAUGCAGCAGGAUUCAUGAUGUUGAUAC